AUGAUCUUCUUUUCAGAACAAAGUUCAAUUAAUACACGAGGAAGUUUAAAAUAUUCCAUUUCACUUGGAUUUGAAACUCAAAUUACGAAAACGCAACACAAAUAUCAAGCGUCAACUAAAAGAGUAAAAGACAAUAGAGUACAGUGUACUAUAAUGUAUACGCUAGGUAUCACAAAAAGUAUGUGGAAAAAUAUACAGCACGGCAUGAAAGGAUACAACAUAAUAACAUGUACAAUAGAGUUUGGAGCAGGAGUACGACGAUCAUGA